AUGGCUCGACGCUCUUCCCACGGUACGUACACCGAGGAACGCACCUACUUCCUAACCACCCUCCACGCUCAGAUUGACAUUCUCAAGGACAACUACAAGGGAAACCGAGAGCAAGUUAUCAAGUCGCUAGGUCUCCUUCUUCGGCGUAUUGACAGCCUGCGAAUGGCAGCCCAGGCUCACUUCGUGAGUGAGAACCCUUCAUGGACCGACAAGUGUAAUCACCUCCACCAGAAGGUGGGCGGGUUCCGAGAUACCCUGGUCAAGGAUCCGAAGAGCACUCGCCGAAUUGCUACUGAUAUUGAGAGCAUGAUGAUUUUUCUGGAAUUUUGUAUCCCUUGGGAUCUUCAGUACCACAUUGGGUGCGAGGAUCGACGAGGCGACCGUAGUGGUGCCCCGUCGCCGGAGCCUCGUUGA